AUGUCUCCUUCCAACUCCAUCCGCGCCGCUCACCUACCGCGAGACACGGGCUUUCCUGAGCCCUUUUGCUCCGGCCGCAACACGACCCUUCCGCACCCCGAAGCCGACCUCUCCCCCAACGCCUGCAUCGGCCAGGAGGACGUCCACGUCGACUUCACCCGCAAGCGUACUGGCCUGUCCUUCCUGCACCGCUCCAAGAAGCACAGGAAGGGGACGCUGGUCCACGGCGCGCUCGCCGCGUCCCAGUCGUCCGCCGGCCAGAGCGCCGUCUCCCUCGUGUCCUCCACGGCGCCGGGCGGCGGCGGCGGCGACUCCCGCCCGCAGACGCGGGAGAGGAGCAGCAGCAGCAGCCACCGCCAGCCGCUCCGCCGCCCGCACAGCAACUCGCAGCCGUCCAUCGUCGAGACGCCUCCCAGCCCGAUGGGCUCCAAGUACGCGCGGGACAGCUUCGCGACGACCAGGCGAGAUGAGGAGGAGACGCCGCCCACAUCGCCGGAUGACGCGUCUGUCAAGUCGAAAAGGCGGUUGCUGAACAAGUUUCGUCGACGGUAA